ACAGGACCACUUGUUCAAACUUUCAAAAGUAAUAUCCUCAGCUGUACGACUUUUUUUUCCUGAUGAAAUCCUUUCCUGUAAGACUUAUGAUUGGUUAAACGAGCAGUGGUGGUGCCUUUUCUGAAAGUACAUCUGUUACAUGUGCGGCAACUAAAGCAAAAGUGAACGCUGUUUUACGACAAAUUCCCUAAACUGCUCGGUUCAUGAACUCCUUUCUCAGUUUCCCCAAUCCCUAAGUUUCUGCUCACACUUUCCUCAUAUUUCAGGUGAUCAGAAUGGCUUCAAGUGAUAAUGGGAAUCUGAAAGAGCAAAUUGAGGAAUCCAGUGAUACUAAAACAACAGGGCAAAUUUCUCUUCAAGUUUCAUCGUCACAAAAGAUGCUUCUAAACAGUGAAAACCCUCAAAGAAAGCCAUUUAUGAACUCUAUGUCUCCGCCAAGUAGAUUCAAGUUUCUUGACUUUAGCUCUGCAUCUGCUAGUUUCAAGCGUUUUGCCGAAGAAAGAGAUGAGGUUUCUCGGUUGGUGGCUUCUUCAAGUGGUCAUAGGAUACGAGAACGUCUGACUGGGGUUUUUGCUAAAAAGAUUGAUUGGGUUUCUCUCAUGAAAAUGUGUAAGGAAUGGAUUAGGGACCCUAUGAAUAUGGCCCUUUUUGUAUGGAUCCUGGCUGUUGCUAUCUCGGGUGCUAUUCUGUUCCUUGUCAUGACUGGAAUGUUGAAUAAAGCACUCCCUAAGAAGUCCCAGAGAGAUGCCUGGUUCGAAGUCAACAAUCAAAUUCUCAAUGCUCUGUUUACUCUCAUGUGUUUGUACCAUCACCCUAAGCGUUUUUACCAUCUUGUACUUCUUUGUAGAUGGAAACCAGAAGAUGUUUCCCGACUCAGAAAGGUAUACUGUAAGAAUGGGACCUAUAAGCCCCAUGAGUGGGCACAUAUGAUGGUGGUUGUUGUGCUACUUCAUAUCAACUGUUUUGCUCAGUAUGCUCUUUGUGGUCUGAACUGGGGAUACAAGAGAUCUGAGCGACCUCCUAUUGGUGUUGGGAUAUGUAUGUCAUUUGCAAUAGGUGCACCAGCAUUGGCUGGUCUUUACACCAUUGUUAGCCCUCUUGGGAAGGAUUAUGUUUCUGAAGUGGACGAGGAAGCACAGGGGGGGAUUGAUGCUAGUGAAAUUAGAUUAGAGCAGUCAAGACGAAAAUCAUUCGAGAGGAGAUAUUCAUUUGCAUCUGGCGAGGGAGAGAGAAUUGUUGAAAGCAGACCGCUCUGGAGUGGAGGGAUACUAGACAUCUGGGAUGACAUUUCUCUAGCAUAUCUUUCUCUUUUUUGUACCUGUUGUGUGUUUGGGUGGAACAUGGAGAGGCUCGGUUUCGGGAACAUGUAUGUACAUAUUGCUACUUUUCUCCUGUUUUGUAUGGCUCCUUUCUGGAUUUUCAAUUUGGCUGCUGUGAAUAUCGAUAAUGAGACUGUCAGAGAGGCUCUUGGUUUUACCGGAAUUGUUCUUUGUCUGUUUGGUUUAUUGUAUGGUGGCUUCUGGAGGAUUCAAAUGAGGAAGAGAUUUAAUUUGCCAGCUUACAAGUUUUGUUUCGGUCAUCCAGCAGUAGCUGAUUGCACGCUAUGGCUAUGCUGUUGUUGGUGUGCCCUUGCUCAGGAAGCACGCACCGGCAAUUCUUAUGAUAUUGUAGAAGAUAAGUUCUUAAGAAAGCAAACAAACAAUGGUAACGAGGUGCGAAUGUCACCUUUACCUCGUGAACAAGGGAUUGGACGAUUUAGUUCUGACCCUAGUUCUUCGCCCGGGUACGGUUCUAGCCCAACCACGAGAUUUACAACCAAUUCUCCAAGUCCCAGAAUGAUUUCAAAGGAAUAUUAUAGUCCUGACCGACAGCUUUCUACAGUGAAAGAAGAGUUUUCUAUAGGAGGUAAAGAUGAAACUAUGAUUCCACCUACUCCGUCAUCGAUGACACAGAGAGAGGAAACACAAUCGAGGACAUUGACCAAUGAAUUGAAAUACAUUAUAUAAAUUUCACAUUUUCUCAUACUUCGUCAUUUCUUUUCCAUUUUUGGGGUGAAUAUGUAAGUAAAAUUUGGACUACAACGAUGUUGUGGAGACAUCUUUUUCUUAGCAGCAUUAGUUUUCAAAUGAUACUGCAAAUUUAGUUUAUGAGUGUAAAUUGUAACUUUGAUGCCUAACCUUGGCAUUAGCUUUACGAAGCAAUCUAAAGCUCAAGGGCAGUUUCCAAA